AUGCAGGAAUCUCCUGGCUCUAUUGGUGUAGAUGGAGGUUAUGCCAGUAAUGUGCCUGCCUUCCUCACCAAACUGUGGACCCUGGUCGAGGACCCGGACACCAACCACCUCAUCUGCUGGAGUGCUACUGGGACCAGCUUCCAUGUGUUCGACCAGGGCAGGUUUGCCAAAGAGGUGCUGCCAAAAUACUUCAAACAUAACAACAUGGCCAGCUUUGUUCGUCAGCUCAACAUGUAUGGCUUCAGGAAGGUGGUGAACAUAGAGCAGAGUGGUCUGGUGAAGCCAGAGAGAGACGACACAGAGUUUCAGCACCUCUACUUCCUGCAAGGCCACGAACACCUGCUGGAGCACAUCAAGAGGAAGGUCUCCAUCGUGAAGAGUGAAGAGACCAAAGUACGGCAGGAGGACUUGAGUAAGCUGCUGUAUGAAGUGCAGGUACUGCGCAGCCAACAAGAGAAUAUGGAGUGUCAGAUGCAAGACAUGAAACAGCAGAAUGAGGUGCUGUGGAGAGAGGUGGUCUCACUGAGGCAGAACCAUACCCAGCAGCAGAAAGUCAUGAACAAGCUGAUUCAGUUCCUUUUCAGCCAGAUGCAGUCAAACACAACAAGCACUGUAGGAAUGAAGAGAAAGCUUCCCCUUAUGUUGGACGAUGGCUCAACCACACCCUCAGCCUCCAAGUUCAGCCAUACCCACCAAAUGGAGCCCCUGCAUGAACCGUUCUAUAUCCAGUCGCCAUCCACAGAAACAGCCUCUUGCUCCAAUGGUGCAAUGACAGGAGGACCAAUCAUAUCAGACGUUACUGAAAUGUCACAACCCAGCAACAUGCAAAUGCAAACAGAGGAGACAAGGGAUAAGUGUAUGAUGCUGAUCAAAGAGGAGCCAGGGAGCCCAGGGGUGCGAGGCCGGGGGGAGGGGGUCCCACUGGGCUCCUGUGAUGUGUGUUCUGAACCCCCCGUCCUCCCUGUUGCCAUGGUACAAUCCGUCCUGGAGGGCCGAGGGUCUGGAGCAGACAGGAGGCUCAAGAGACCUGCUCUGGAGAGGCCUGAGGUACCUGAUGCUGAAGAGAAUGUGGACAUGAGUCUGGAGGACCUGCAGCUUCUCCUGAGGACCCACCAGCAGAGUGUGGAGCCCACCACUGCUGUCAUGGAUCCAUUCAAUUUCAACCUGCCCUUGAGUGAGUGGAACUUUACUGAUAUGGAUUCCAACCUGAAAUCAGUGAGUGGAAUGUGUGUAUCCCACUCUGCUGUGUUCCAGUACAUGUUUCAGAGCCAGGAGGCAGAGGCUUACCCCAAUGCUGGUUGUGAGGAACAAUGA